ACGACGUGUAAAUGGAAUAUUGUUAUUGAUAUUAUAAAUUCAUGAUUGUUUUAUUUUCGAAGAAAAACCUAAUUUGCGAAUUGAUACCGAUAGGUCCAUAGGUGAAUUAAAGUUAUCCUGGUGUCGUUGGAAGAUUUGUUUGCGCGUUGCAGAAUUAAUAUUGUUUUAAGGCAAAUCACUACCUUUGGCCAUGUCCGACAAGGUUGAAAAACGUAUCGAGAACAUCGAAAAGUCAAUUGGAGAUUCACGGGUCUAUCGUGGAUUGAAGUUGAAGAAUGGUCUGACCGCUUUGUUGAUCAGCGAUCCUGAUACAGACAAAUCGGCCGCUUCGUUGUCUGUGGCUGUCGGAAGCUUAAGUGAACCAAAAGAUUUGCCGGGCUUAGCUCAUUUUUGUGAACAUAUGCUGUUUUUGGGAACGAAGAAAUAUCCAGUAGAGAACGAAUUUACACAGUUCUUAGUUCAAAACGGAGGAUCGUAUAAUGCUUAUACAGCCAACGAUCACACAAAUUAUUAUUUUUCCACAAAGACUGACGCACUUGAACCAUCUUUAGAUAGAUUUGCACAAUUUUUCCUAGAACCGUUGUUCACCACCAGUGCAACAGAAAGAGAAAUCAAUGCUGUUAAUUCAGAGCACGAGAAAAACGUGGCUGAUGAUUUUUGGCGUUUGGCCCAACUCGAAAAAAAUGCUGCUGAUUCAAAUCAUGCUUACAAUCAAUUUGGAACAGGAACAAAAGAAACGUUGUGGGAUAAUCCAAAUUCAAGAAAUAUUAGUGUCCGCGACAAGUUAUUGGAAUUUCAUUCAAAAUGGUACUCGUCACAUUUGAUGUUCCUUUCGGUAUUAGGAAAAGAGGAUUUGGAUACUCUGGAAUCACUCGUUGGAAAUUUGUUUGGAGACAUUCAAAAGAGAGAAGUCGACAUGCCAGUCUGGACGGAUCCUAUCUAUACAGAGGAACAACUAGGAACCAAGACUAUUGUAGUACCUGUUAAAGACAUCAGAGCGCUAUCAGUUAAUUUUCUAAUCCCAGACCAAAACGAAUACUACCAAAGCAUGCCAAAUCGAUAUUUGAGUGCGUUAUUCGGUCACGAAGGACCUUCCAGUAUAUUGACCGUGUUGAAAAAGAAAGGAUGGUCCAGUAAAUUGUCGGCAGGCAACAAAUUUGAAGCUAGAGGCAUUGAACUUUUCGAUAUUGAUGUUGAUCUAACGGAACAAGGUGUCGAUCAUGUGGACGACAUAAUAAAAUUAAUUUUUCAGUAUGUCAAUAUGUUGAAACGCGAGGGCCCUCAGGAAUGGUUUCACCAAGAAAAUAAAGAAAUAAGUGCGAUGCAAUUUCAGUUUAAAGAUAAAGGAUCGCCAUUGGAUUAUGUAUAUCGUCUGUCUUCCCACAUGAUUAAUUACAAAUUGGAAGAUGUUUUAACUGCAGAAUAUUUAAUAAAAGAGUGGAGACCAGAUUUGAUUACGGAACUUUUGACUUACUUCAGGCCAGAAAAUAUGAGAGUUACAGUUGUAUCCAACGUGUUUAAAGAUAAAACAAGCUCUGUUGACAAAUAUUACGGGACACCUUACACUAUUAGCAAAAUUCCAGUCGAGACUUUAAAUGAAUGGAAAAAAGAAGACACGUUAGAAGAUUUUAAAAUGCCAUCCAAAAAUGAAUUUAUUGCUACAGAUUUUAGUUUGGUGCCUCUCGAAAAAAACGAACCAGAACAUCCGCACAUUAUUCACGAAUCAAAGAUUUUGAGAUCUUGGUUUAAAAAAGAUACCGAAUUUCGUUUUCCUAAGGCUUUUGUCUCUAUUGACUUUUUCAGUCCUAUUGUAAUGAGUGAUCCAUUCAAUUGCAAUGUCAUGAGUAUGUUUGUGAGACUGUUCAAUGAAGAUUUUUCUGAAUACACUUGGGAUGCAACUAGAGCUAGUCUACAUUUAGUCAUUAAGCCUAGUAGUUACGGUUUUAAGAUGCAACUGAGUGGAUUCAACCACAAAUUAGACAUAUUAUUAAAAAAAACAAUUGACAAACUGCUAACGUUUAAAAGUGACCCACUGAGAUUUGACAUAAUCAAAGAAGAAAAAAUUAGAGACUUGAAGAAUAUUGCCAUGGAACAGCCUUAUCACAGCGCUAUGCGUUACAACUCAGUUAUUUUAUCAGAAGCUGCUUGGACACCAAAUGAGUUAUUAGCGUCUCUCGAAGAUGUGAAAAUAGAAAAUAUUGAAGAGUUUACAGGAAAAUUCUUAUCAAACAUGUUCAUGGAGUCCCUAAUUUAUGGAAAUAUUGAUAAAGCUAAAGCUUUAGAUCUUAUACAAAUUUUGGAAACUCCAUUUACCACUCGCCAAGGAUUCCGUAAACUAUUACCUCGCCAGAUGGUGAGAUCUAGGGAAGUCCAAAUCGAGGAUGGAGAAAAUGCAUUGUUUGAAACAACGAGUGAUCAUCACAGUAGCUCGUGUGUCUACAUUCAUUUACAGUGCGGUCUUCAGUCUACGUUGAAUAAUAUGGUUGUCAGUCUGUUUAAUGAGAUAAUCAAAGAAUCUUGUUUCAAUACACUUCGUACACAGGAACAACUCGGUUACAUUGUAUUUAGUUCGUCGAGCAGAAGUCACGGAGUGUUAAAUUUACGUAUAAUUGUGCAGUCCGAUCGCACUCCGAUGUAUGUUGAUUCUAGAAUAGAAAACUAUUUGAAUACUAUUCAGGAUUUGUUGGAUAAAAUGCCAGAUGAAGAAUUUGUAAAAUACAAAGACGCUUUAGCUGUCAAGCUGUUGGAAAAGCCCAAGGGAUUGAUGAAACAGGCUGGCGUGUAUCAGAUAGAAAUAGACACCCAGGAUUACAACUUCAACAGAUCCCUAAUCGAAGUAGAAGCAUUAAAAACUAUUAAGAAAAACGAUAUCGUACAAUUCUAUUGCGAACAAAUCAAUCGACUUGGGCCGAAAAGACAUAAGUUUGCUGUACACGUUAAGUCUACUCUGAAAAAUACUGCUAACGCAUCUGUAGAAGAUAAUAAUUUGUUGGCUAGCACUAAUAUUUCAUUUAUUACGGACAUCACAGACUUCAAAAAGAAACACCGCUUGUAUCCGCUGCCAAGUCCAUUUAUACCGGUUGGAUUGUCCUCCACAAAAUCUAAAUUGUGAUCCAACUUUUGCAUUAAUUAUUUUUAAAAAAUAUUUAUAUUAUUUCAUAAUGUAUAUUGUACCAUUAUAAAAAAAAAAAUAUUGUAAUAAACAAUAUUUAAUCAAAAAUACUAACUUUGUUAUAAAAACAUUUUUUUUAGA